AACGACAAUUCCCGCCAAUUGACCAGCAAUAGUGCCCACGCCCGAACGGCACUGCGGUCCAUCAUGAGCAGGGCACUCUUCCGCUCCGCGCUGGAGCUUCGAGCCCCCAGCGCGCGACUCCCCGCCUCGUUUCUGCUGCCAAUUCGCUCCCGCGCCUUCAACACCACAGCACCUAUCGUCGAGCCCGUCCCCGAGCGUCACAUCAAGAAUGCCGCCAAUCCCACAGCGAACGAGGCUCGACCUCUUGCCUUCAAGAAGAGCCACCCGGCCCCACCCCCGAAGCCCAUGGAAGACUCUGUCAAGACCCUCCUACCAUUCCUCGCCGCACAGCCGGACCACUACAUCACCGUCCACAUCCAUGGCUUCCCCUACCUUGUCCGCGAAGGCGACCAGGUCCGUCUGCCCUUCCGCAUGCCCGGCGUCGUCCCCGGUGACGUUCUGCGCUUGAACCGCGCGAGCGUCCUCGGCAGCAGGGAUUAUACCAUGAAGGGUGCCCCUCACAUUGACGAGCGAGUCUUUGAGUGUCGGGCCACCGUCGUCGGCACCGAGUCCGAACCCCUCCGGAUCAAGAUCAAGAAGAAGCGGAGACAGCGGAGAAAGAGACAGGCCAAGAGCAAGCACCGAUACACCAUCCUACGGAUCUCAGAGUUGAACAUCAACAGUGGGGAGGACAUUGAAUGA